UCGAUUUUCUUUUGGUUUUCGCCUACCCCGGCUACCCGUAGUGCUCAGACUAGUGUACGUUAUAUUCCCCUCUAUAUCAUUUCAUUGCCCCGUGGGUUUUCAAUCCGAAGGGCGCUCCCAGAUACGUUAUAACCCGGCAGACACAGAUACAUCACAUACUUCACUGCUGCCGACGCGAAGCGCAAACGUCGGCCAGAGACCAAGCAAGCGCUGUUUGGCUCGGAGGAAGUCCGUGCGAGUGCGGAGGCGGUUCCAUAACUGAGAGAGAUUGCUGUCUUGGGCCUGCUUGUCUUUCCAUCAAGCGGUGGACUGCAGACUCUUUUUUGGGAUUCUUGAGACUGAAGGACGGACGAGGUUGCUGUACUUGAGGAGAUGGCUGGUAACGCUAACAUUGAUCACAUUCCCCUCCAGGGGGAUGGGGUUCCAAGGCGGAAGUCUGGCCGGAAAGCAGUGAAAAUUUGUCUGAUAUCCAUGGUUGUUGCCUGUGCAGUUGCCAUCCUCAUUGCUGUCCCCAUUACCUACGGGCGUCGCAACAGACACCAUAAUAGGAAUGGGAACACACAGAAUAUGGCAAUGACAUCUGGUGAGGCAGUGGAGCUCUUGUGUGACAAUGCUGAUGACCAGGAGCUAUGUAAACAGUCGUUGAUGGUAGACGAGAAUGGCAACAACUUGAAUGCGAGCGCAAGUAUAGACACGAGGACACUUGCUGCGUUUCCUAUGAGGCUGCUGAAUGCAUCUUCUUCGCAAGUGGCUGCCGUAAAUCGAGCCAUCGAUGAUAUUGUUGUGCGGGCCCAAAACACAUCGUGGGAACGAGCAGCUCGUGCCUGUAAUGACAGCUUCGCAGAUGCCCUUCUGAUGUUGGUGGACAUUGCAAAUGCCACAGCACAGGAGGACUACAAUACUGCCAAGGCCGGGCUGGCUGCACUUCGGACGGAGACUGCAGAUUGCGCCGAGGAGCUCUUUAAGGCACUCAACUUGUCGUAUGAACCGUAUAACAGCUCUGAUUCAAUGAACGUGACGUUUUUGUCAGUCGAGCACCAGUUUAGCGUCUCAAUGGGUGCCACGUUGUACAAUUCUACUCUGACUCUUGCGUUUCAAUUGUCAAAUGCGAUGAAUGUCAUCACGAACAUUAAAGAUAAGAUCAAGGGGGGGCGUAUGCUGUUAGGAGGUGUGCGGCGCUUGUCACGAAGGAGGCUGCUGGCCCAGGCUGACGUUGAUCGCAGGAUGGAGCCUCGCUUCACUGUUGACCCAAGGGGGGGGGCUGAUUUCAAGAAAAUUCAGCAGGCAAUUAAUGCGGCUUUCCAGAUGAGGACUGAGGGAGCAACUGAGAGAAUAGUCAUCAAGAUCAAGGCAGGAUUGUACAGGGAGAAGGUUCUUGUCCCUAGGGAACUGUGGAAGUUGACCAUCAUUGGGGAUGGCCCGGAUCGAACCACCGUCCAGUGGGGUGAUUAUACCAAUCCUCAAAACACUACUGGAUUGCGAACCAGGGAGACAUACACUUUCGCUGUGGAGGCUGUUGGAUUCCUGGCCCUCGACAUGACUUUCGAGAACAAUGCUGGCUGGAGUGCGACGGUGCAGCAGGCGGUCGCUCUUCGGGCAUCUUUACGAACCCUCCGCGCAGCUCCACAAGAACUUGGAUCCGGACUGGCUGCCUUCAGCAACUGCCAUUUCCUCGGUCAUCAAGAUACCCUUUACUCCCACACCGGUUGGCAGUUCUACGAUAAGUGUGUAAUCAAUGGAACGGUGGACUACAUCUUUGGAAACGCUGCUGCCGUCUUUCAGAAAUGCGCUCUCAACAGCAUCCGCACGAACGGCACCAACACAAUCACUGCCCAGUCCCGGACAAGUGAGAAAGAGGAAACAGGCUUUGUGUUCCGCUACUGCGAAGUGGAUCGCAAUUCGAAGAAUCAGACCAUUUUCAUGGGUGCAAACCACCCUAAUCGUCUUGUCUAUCUGGGCCGGCCUUGGAGACCCUAUUCCCGAGUCGUCUUCAUGUUCUGCUAUAUUGGAGGCAUUCACCCAGAAGGCUGGUCAGUAUGGACCACUAUGGGAAGGGGCUCGGAUAAUCAUGAGACUGCAGAGUACUACGAAUACCGGAAUGAUGGGCCCGGUGCUCGUACAGAGUCUCGAGUGCCAUGGAGCCGAGUUUUGCCAGCUGACGAAGCUGGGGACUACACGGUUGCCAAAUUCAUCCAUGGAAGGACCUGGCUCCCUCGCCUUGGCAUCAGUCAAGAUAUGUGGGUAUGAUGUUGCUGAACACACGGUGACUUUUAUAUUCUCAUCCACCUUAAAGCCCUUGUUUCGACUACAGGUUUUGUUUUCAGGUUAAGCUGUCCUCCUUCACCCGACUGCAGAUUUUCUUCUUGCUUUAGGCUGGUUGCAGAUUAAAUUUCUGUUUUCAUCUUGGACUGCCUCGGGUCGACUUCUUUCCGUAUGGAACUUUUUUCUCAUGCACGCCGGGCCCCACAUUGGUUGGUUCUCGUCACCAGCAGGCAGUAGCUAAGCUGGCCCUGGCCUGUCUUCCCUGGCUGUGACCGGGGGCCCCUUGUACAAUUGUACAAUGAGUAUGGGCCACGACCAUGCCCAGGUAUGAAGGGGAAGUAAAGAUGGCUCCUCCCCCUCCUCUCCAUCUUCCUGUUUUUCGUCGUCGCAGAUGUGUCCCGAGUUGCAGCUGUUGAUUGUGUUUCUAACAGAGACCAUCUUGAUAACUGUCCGCCCCUCGAUCUUUUCCUGGGUCGUUUCGCUGGGGCACUGUCGCUGCUCCGUACUGAGGUCAUAAAGGCAGGGUAGAAUUACGCGGCCCCCACCCUCAGGAAUCCUAUCCUUGGCGCUUUUCCUCCUGGGAGAACCGCUAGCAGUACUUCCAUGACACCAUUCAUAGCAUCUGAGACGGACGACGUGCUGAUAGAUGAACAGCGGCUGUGGUUCUUGGCCCUAAUGGAAGUGCCACCCAGUUCUGCUUGUAAUAGCCUUGUAUAUACCCGCGGUACAGCUGAGGGAAACAUUUUGCUGGUUUGACAUCUUCCUGGCAUUCCCCCAUUUAGCCCCCUGCUUCCUCCCUGUCCCGCAGCCCCCUUCCUUCAAAGUGAGUGCGUGCUAACAACUCCAUCGCAGGAGGAUCAGGGAAGCAAAAAGAGGUAAGGAUCCUCGGCUGUGACAUUCGUUUUGCAAUGAGAAGUGGUGCAACAUCGACUGCAGCCUCAUCUUCGACAACGGAAGAAGUGAAAUGCAUAGGAGAGUGAGGGCAUUAUCACGUCAAGCUGCGCUGAAGGCGAAGGAAGGUUAAGGCGGUGGUGCUUCUGAUGGUUUGCUUGUCCCGGUUGUAUGCUCUCCGUUUUGCUCGACGGUAAUAUGUGUUAGCUGGAAUGUUUAGCACACCACAUGUGCUGAGGGUAGAUGAUUGGAGAUAUACAGCCCUUCUCAUUAACUAAUGGCUCGUUCCGUCACUCUGCCACUCAUGUGCAUCCUACCAGGUGUGUCAGGAUGGGCCGCAUGCGUUCCUUCAACACUUCAGACAUCUUCUCACUCUUUUUUAUUGUCUAUAGACUCUAUACGUCUCGUCUCCUAAACGGUUUCUGCCCAGUUGCCAGUAUUUAUGUGGGGGCAUUCUCUGUAUGUGUACUAGCAUCUGAGGAAAGCUGACUCCACCUUCCAGCACCUCUCUUCGCCGUAGCGUCUUUCCCUAUGCUCUGGGCAGCUUCGUGCUUCGCCUGUACCCAAAUGACAUGAAUACGUAGCCUUCACAGCAUAUUGACCCUGCCAUUCCGAUGGGGUUGUGAAAGAAACAGUUUCUAUUUACUUUGUUAAAGUUUAUUUUUCUUUGUCAGGAGCGCGCAGGGAGUGCUCUCUGGAGAUUCAAACAGGGGCACACUGAGAAUAGAACUGAUGCAAUGGAACCGUGUGUCGUUAUUUUAGAAAACCUUUCCUGUGUGAGAGAGCUAGUGCAUCUCAGGUACGACUGUUGUGUGUGUGCGUGUGUGUGUGUGUGUGUGUGUGUGUGUGUGUGUGUGUGUGUGUGUGUGUGUGAGAGAGAGAGAGAGAGAGAGAGAGAGAGAGAGNGAGAGAGAGAGAGAGAGAGAGAGAGAGAGAGAGAGAGAGAGAGAGAGAGAGAGAGAGUCUUUGGAUUUCUGAGAGACACAUCAUUCUAAUUGGCUGUGGGCACGGUUAUUCUUUUCGCAUUCCCUCUUCUAUGGGCGGUGAUCAUUUCUUUGAUAGAAUGAGCCUUGUGCUGACUUCACAAACGG